CCUGCUCGCCCGCGGGGAAGCCGCUGUCCCAGGCCUGGCUGGUGCGCGUCAGCCUGCUGAACCUGGGCACUGAGGGCCUCCUGGGCACGGGACUGGGCGGGGGCGCUGACCUCGACCUCGGAGGCGUAGGAGCCCAGAACCCGCGGGGGUCUGCGAGUCUCACGCCUUCCCCGAGACUGUGCUGCUCGCCACUUCUCGCCGGGGCGAGGCCAGGUGCUCCCCUUUUCCUCUCCCUCUCCUCCCUCCCCCACUCCGGUGCCCGCGGGAGAUCCCGCCCGUCUGCCCCCUCCAGUGGGGUGUAGUCGGCUGCGGAGCUGAUCGUGGCCCCGCAUCCAGCGGUCCAAACUCUCCGGAAGAGGCCAGAGUACGCUGGGCGCUCAGGCCGCUGCAGCUCCAGCGGAUCCACUCUUGGAACUGAGGCACCGUCCCUCCUCCUGCGCCCAAACUUGGAGCGCUUGACCUUUGGCUGUCGGGGAAGGCAGGCCCACGGGUGGCAGGGCAGCUGCGGCGCCUCGAGGGCGUCUUGCCUGGGGUUCCAGGACCGUCGGCUGCACUCUGGGCUCCCGGCUUUGCCUCUGGGAUCCCGAGGUGUCUAACAUCAGGCGCAUGUUGACUGAGACCUGGAAUCAUGGAUGUGUGCGCCCGUCUUGCUCUGUGGCUUCUUUGGGGGCUUCUCCUGCAUCACGGCCAGAGCCUCAGCCAUGGUCACAGCGAGAAGGCGACGGGAACCAGUUCAGGGGCCAGUUCUGAGGAGUCCACUGCAGCAGAGUUUUGCCGGAUUGACAAGCCCCUGUGCCACAGUGAGGAUGAGAAACUCAGCUUUGAUGCAGUCCGCAGCAUCCACAAGCUGAUGGAUGAUGAUGCCAAUGGUGAUGUGGAUGUGGAAGAAAGUGACGAGUUCCUGAGGGAAGAUCUCAAUUAUCAUGAUCCAACGGUGAAACACAGCACUUUCCAUGGUGAGGAUAAGCUCAUCAGUGUUGAGGACCUGUGGAAGGCAUGGAAGUCCUCUGAAGUGUACAACUGGACCGUGGACGAGGUGGUGCAGUGGCUGAUCACUUAUGUGGAGCUGCCGCAGUAUGAGGAGACCUUCCGGAAGCUGCAGCUCAGUGGCCAUGCCAUGCCAAGGCUAGCUGUAACCAACACCACCAUGACAGGGACUGUGCUGAAGAUGACAGACCGGAGCCAUCGGCAGAAACUGCAGCUGAAGGCCCUGGAUACAGUGCUCUUUGGGCCUCCUCUCUUGACCCGCCAUAAUCACCUCAAGGACUUCAUGCUCGUGGUAUCCAUUGUGAUUGGUGUGGGUGGCUGCUGGUUUGCCUAUAUCCAGAAUCGUUACUCCAAGGAGCACAUGAAGAAGAUGAUGAAGGAUCUGGAGGGUUUACACCGAGCUGAGCAGAGCCUGCAUGACCUUCAGGAAAGGCUGCACAAGGCCCAGGAGGAGCACCGCACGGUGGAGGUGGAAAAGGUACAUCUGGAGAAGAAGCUUCGAGACGAGAUCAACGUUGCCAAGCAGGAAGCCCAGCGGCUGAAGGAGUUGCGGGAGGGUACUGAGAAUGAGCGGAGCCGCCAAAAGUAUGCUGAGGAGGAGUUGGAACAGGUUCGGGAGGCCUUGAGGAAAGCAGAGAAGGAGCUGGAAUCCCACAGUUCGUGGUAUGCUCCAGAGGCCCUUCAGAAGUGGCUGCAGCUGACACAUGAGGUGGAGGUACAGUACUACAACAUCAAGAAGCAAAAUGCCGAGAAACAGCUGCUGGUGGCCAAGGAGGGGGCUGAGAAGAUAAAAAAGAAGAGAAACACACUCUUUGGCACUUUCCAUGUGGCUCAUAGCUCCUCCCUGGAUGAUGUGGAUCACAAAAUCCUCACAGCUAAGCAAGCUCUGAGUGAGGUGACGGCAGCACUGCGGGAGCGCCUGCACCGCUGGCAACAGAUUGAGAUCCUCUGUGGCUUCCAGAUUGUCAAUAACCCCGGCAUCCACUCACUGGUGGCUGCCCUCAACAUAGACCCCAGCUGGAUGGGCAGCACACGCCCCAACCCUGCCCACUUCAUCAUGACCGACGAUGUGGACGACAUGGAUGAGGAGAUUGUGUCACCCUUGUCCAUGCAAUAUGCUGCCUGGCUGAUGGGGCGUAGGUUCAGUGACCGCUCUCUCUGCUCCACAUCCGCCGGCUCGGAUGAUCAGUCCCUCUGGAAAUACCCGGCCCCUAGCCUGCAGAGCAGUGUUCGGCAGCGCCUGACGGAGCCACAGCAUGGCCUGGGAUCUCAGAGGGAUUUGACCCAUUCCGAUUCGGAGUCCUCCCUCCACAUGAGUGACCGCCAGCGUAUGGCCCCCAAGCCUCCUCAGAUGGUCCGUGCAACAGACGAGGCUCUCAAUGCCAUGACUUCCAACGGCAGCCACCGGCUGACUGAGGGGGUCCAUCCGGGGCCUCUGGUGGAGAAACUGCCUGACAGCCCUGCCCAGGCCAAGAAGGCACUAUUGGCGCUGAACCAUGGGCUGGACAAGGCCCAUAGCCUGAUGGAGCUGAGCCCCUCAGCCCCACCUAGUGGUUCUCCACCUUUGGAUUCUUCCCGUUCUCACAGCCCCAGUCCCCUAGACCCAGACACACCAAUUGGGGACAGCCGAGCCCUGCAGGCUGGCCGAAAUACACGCAUUCCUCACCUGGCUGGCAAAAAGGCAGUGGCUGAGGAGGAUAAUGGCUCCAUUGGUGAGGAGACAGACUCCAGCCCCGGCCGAAAGAAGUUUCCCCUUAAAAUCUUUAAGAAACCUCAUAAGAAGUAGGCAGGAUGAGGGUGACAGUGGUGGGACAGCUUGUCCUUCCCUGGCCUUCCGCCUGCCUUUCUCUCCCUUCCAAGAUACCUGGCCCCUAGAGUGGGGCACGGGAGGGGCUGGCCCAGGGGCCUGGGCACUGUACAUACCUGCCCCCUCAUCUUUGGGUCCUUCAACAUUAUUUAUUAACUGACCACAAUGGCCUGCCUGCCCUGCCUCCCUCCCAAUCAUGGGCUGCUGUUGUCACACCCUUUCCACUUCAGUGCAUGUCUUAGUUGCUGUGCCCUCAGCUCCCCAGCUCCACCUCUGGGUCCAGCUUCUGUCUCUGCUGUCCCAGUUUUGAGGUUUGGUUUAUCGUUUCUUUUUGUCUCCUGCUUUCAGGCUCCUCCCUCCCACCACUCUCCAACUUCCCCUAGAAGCUAUGGGGGAAGAUAGGAAAAACUUUUGACACCUGUGCCUCUGAUCUGUCCCACCCCAUCCACGAUUUUUCUGUUUGUCUCAGCUUGGGGCCUAAGGCCUAAUAUUUGAGGCAUGUUCUUUGGGAGUGUGGAGGGUUAGAGGGAACCUUCUCUGGAGUUUAUUCAGAACUUAAGGGGUUCAUGGGGGAAGGAAAACCAGUUCUCAGAGAACAAACCACUAGAGAGUUUUGAAGAGAGACCAGGCUACGGGAUAGAGUGGUAGAGACUUAGUUGAAGAAUGAGUAGAUGCUAGAGCUGUGGGCUACAAGGCAGCGAGCCACCUUUUCUCUCUUCUACCACCCACACCUGCCUCUCUCUGAUCUCUGCUCCCUGACACCACAGGAGGGUUUGUCUAUAAGAGGUGCUGCCCCAGUGUUCCCCAAACGCCAGUGCUCCUGGGGCUCCAGACAAUCAGCUCCCCUGGCCAUGGGAGCCACAACCAUGAUACAGGGCUCCAAAGGGCCCUAAAGCUGUUUAGGCAAGGAUGUUGUCACAUUUGAACCAAAACACAGUUUAAAAUUGAAAAAAGAAAUCUCCUCAUUUUCCCAAGUGCCUGCACCACAUACUCUAACAUGUCAGACUCCAUUUUCCUGUUACUGCAUAGCCUGGGCCAGAGGCUCAAGACCCAGUUGGUUUAGGGAAGGGGUGGCUAAUGAAGAAGGUGUAGGUGAAGGCGGCUAUGUGACCACUUCCUCCACCCUUCCUACCCUUUAGACAACUCUCUCUCUGACCUGUUUUUGCUAUGGCUGUAAAGGUAUUUCCCUCUGUCCCUCUCCCUGCCAUGCCUUUACCCUGGGAUCCUAUUUUUGGGUCUGGGGUAGAUGUACCUGGGGUUGGUCUUAGGAGGGUGCUAGGCUGCAGACUAGCUUGUACCCCCUAGGCACCCUCACAUGGAUUUUUCUUUGUUCUUUCAUAAGACUCUUUGAAGUUCAAUAAAGCAUGUAGGAGAU